AUGCAAGGUUACAUUGGAGAGAAACUAGAUAAUUUUAAGCUGUACAAAAGAAGAUGGCUGAUGUUAUUUUAUUUUUCCUAUUGUUGUAUGGUUGAUAAUUUAAUUUGUUUUACAUUUGCUCCAAUAAAUAAUGUUUGUUAUGAAUUAUAUGGGGUUUCAAAUAAUAUAUUUCCACAAGUAUAUUUUAUUAUUUAUUCAAUAUUUUCAAUACCUUUAUCUUUUUUACUAAGUGAAUUUUCAUUAAGAACAAAUGUAGUAUUUAGUUCUUUAUUGCAAUUUAUUGGUUGUUUUUUAAGAUAUUUAUUUUGGGAUAAUUUAAAACUUGUUAUGUUUGGUCAAUUUCUUUCAUCAAUUGGGCAAAUUAUUUUCGUUAAUGCUCCACCAGAAGUAUCAUUAAUUUGGUUUCCAAUUAAUGAAAGAAUUAUCUCAACGAGUAUUUCUAUUAUUUCUAAUGUAUUAGGAACAGCAAUAAUAUAUUUAUAUGCACCUUUUAUAGUAUUAAAUAAAGAAGAUGUAAAAGAAUUAUUAUUUUCCAUUUGUCUUAUAAGCUUUAUUGGUUCUGUUAUGGUAAUUUUUUUUUUUGAAAGUUCUCCACCUGUUUCUCCUUCUAAGACUGCUGAAGCAUUAAAUUUAAACUUUCAUAAAAAAACAAAUAAUGAAAAUGAUAAUUAUUAUUUAAGUUUUGAUAAUUCAGAUGUAAAUCGAAACAAAUUAAGUAUAAAAAAUUUUGGAAGGGAAUUAAACCGUUUUUUAGGUGAUUUAAAGAUUGAAGUAGCUAAUAUAUUAUCAGAAAAAGAGAUUAUAAAAAUAUUAAUAAUAUUUUGUUAUUCAGAAUGUUUGAUUAGUAGUUUUUCAGCUGAUAUGUCUAUUGUUUUAAAAGAAAAAUCAGUGAAUAAAGGAUAUUUCGCUAUGUCUGGAUCAUUAUUUAUUUUUAACAUUGUAUUAGGUAGUGCCCUUUUAUGUUUUAAUGCUAAUAGUAAAUAUUUUAAGAAGUUAAUUAUAUUAUGUGUAUCUAUGAUAAUGAUUGUAUGUGUUCUUUUAAAUUUUACUAAUAAUAAUAUAAUGAUUAUCCUUAUUAUAAGUCUAAUUGGUUUUUGGUCUGGACCUAUUCAGCCAAUAUCUGUUGAAAUGGCAUGUAUUACAGUUUACCCAAUAAGUUCAAAUUUGUGCACUUCUAUUCUUCAAGUAGUUUCAUUUACAGUUAGUGCAAUUUUUAUAUCUGUUUUUUCAUAUAUAUCAAAAUAUUAUAAUAUUAGUAUUUUGGUUUUUUUUUUAUCCUUUUUAAUGUUGUUAAUUAGUGUAAACAUGAAAACUAUCAAAAAAAAACCUAUGAACGCUUUAACUUUUUCUAUUAGAAGUGGCCUUAUAAAAAGAAAUACUUUUCAUACACACAAAUUUGUAGAUUUUUUUAAUAAUAAUGAUAAUACUGAUGAAUUAUUAGAAAAUUAUAAUGAUUUAUCUAUGCUUCCAUCAGACUCAAAAAUGUUUGAUGAUUAUUCUAAUCCCCCAUCCUUAAUAAGAUUCUAUUCUCAUUUUUCAUCUUCUCCUCGUCAUUCAACAACUAAUACAUCUAAAUAUAGUGAUAUAAUGGAAGAAAAUGUUUUCAAAAUAGAUGAAACGAAAAAUAAUAAUAUAAAAGACUUUUAUAAAAUUCACCUAAGUAAAAAAUUAAAUAUUCAAAAUUUAAGAAAAGAACUUUUAUUUUAUGAUCAUAAAAUGGAAAUAUUAAAUAAAACAACUAAAUCAUACUCAAAUAUUAAUUACGAUGAUUACAAUACAAUUUGUAAAUAUGAUAAUAGAAAAAUGAAUAUUUUGACCCAUAAUUCUUUUUAA